CAAGAAACCUGAAACAUAUCCGUGGAGAUCUAUCCUCACAUCAGCCCCUGUUUUAGCUGUGUGCAUCGCAGAUUUCAGUCUUUUAUGGAUCUUGUAUCUCUUUAUUACCAAUCUACCUAUCUAUCUAAAGAAUGUGCUCCAGUUUGACAUCACAGAGACCGGGUUUUUGGCGGCUGUGCCAUUCUUUUUUUACUGGUUGGUCUGGACCGUUGGAGGACGAUUCGCAGACUUUCUGAUUGCUCAUACAAACUUCAGGGUUACAACAGUCAGAAAAUUUAUAACAUUUCUUGCCUUUGUUCCUUCGUCUGUCCUUCUCGUGCUCAUGGGGUACGUCGGAUGCAACACUACCGCAAUCAUGGUAAUUCUCACACUCGGUCUCUCGAUCAGCGGUCUUUCGAUGUCUGGGGCAAGCAUGUGUCCACUCGACUUCGCACCUGGCUAUUCUGGCAUCAUCAGCGCCAUCGUCAACGUGUUCGCGGCGACGUCCGGUUUCCUGGUUCCAUUGCUUAUCGCGCGGUUCACAGAAGAUCAGACUGACCCGCGUGGAUGGAAAAUAGUAUUUUGGAUAAGUGCUGGCAUCAUGAUGUUUGGAAUGGUGUUCUUCCUCAUCUUUGGAACUGCUGAGCUUCAGCCUUGGGCGAGGAGGACAGCAGAUGAUAAUAAGAAUGAAAUUGGUGACAAACCACAAUAUAAAAAUCGUGACAUCUCCCCACGUGGUUUAAUUGGGAAUGUUCAUAUUCAUACUUUAUAGACUGUUUAAACCUGAUUUAUAAAAUGCAUGUUUUUUGCUAAUAAUCAUCAAUUGCAUGUUUUUUGCUAAUAAUCAUCAAUUGCCGAUAACUCUCUUUUUUGUGUGACCCUGUAGUAAGGACGUUUCACAGUUAUGUUUCUGCGCAUCAGAAUCUGCGCACACUUUACACUCUGCGCGCUGACGUCACAAUGGAUAAGCAGGUGAUUAAUCAGCUGUAGGUAUGAGCUGAUUUAUCUGUACUAACUGCAAAUCCGAUAUGUUAUUUUAUGAAGCUAAUAAGCUGAAAUUAUUCCAUGGACCUUGUUUUUUUUAAUUCCUCAACAAUUUCAAAAUACUCUUUUCUGUAGUGCUGCAAAGUACGACGAAUUAUGACCCCGAGUUUGAAUAAAUGGUAAAGUGUUUUUUCCGAUUUUUUCCUCUCAUAGAUACAAAGCUUUGGCUCGUUUUGGGUGUUUUAAUAAGCACAUUUGCUCUAAUAAAAGUACUGAUAGUUUGAAAACAAGCACAUGAACCAAUAUCUUUUAAUGUUUGCACCUCUUAUACCUUCCUCUACAACUUUGCAAAGUUUGCUGAAAAUGACAUGGGUUUUGAAUAAAGUGCACCAUUUCUUGUACUUCUCAAGUUUGUUAUUGAAAUUUCAUAUUUUUUUAGUUUUUGUUAUCUUUCGCGAAUUUUCUAAGAACUUAGAGUGCUGUUAGACUUAAAAGAGCAAAUAAUUAAUAGCAAUAUAAAUUGAUUAUCCAUCUUAAGGAUACAAUUAAUAAUUUUAUUUCGAAAUCUGGAUUUUGACUGAGUAAUAGAGCUUUAAACUUAUUGUUGUGAUCUCAUGUAAACUGGAUUGUGUACUGCAGGCGAUCUAUCGGUAUUCAACUUAGUAUAAAUUGACAUCAAUUAUUGACCCCAAAUGACCAUCGAUCUUUUCUUAGUGCCCAGAGUGACCAUGCAGAAAUUCCAUUGGAUUUGCUGAUACUUGAUAACUUUUAUAUGUAAUAUUUAUCAAAUAUGUCCUUAUACUGUAAUGCCAUUUCAAAAUAUGAUCCUUGGUUAUAAAGAUUGAAAUGUUGAUAAUACAACAUGAUAUGGGUAAUGAAGUGGUCAUCUUCCACGAUUUUCAGGCUGUCACAUGAUCAAGGCCAAAUAUCAUUUUGGGUCAAUGAAGUUUGACCAUGUUCAUGGCAUCAACAUUAAAAUCUUUACCAAGGUGAGGUUUUAAAGUGUCAUUGUAACUUUCAAAGAGGAAGGACAUUUCUUUUUUAAAAAGUCAUCAAAUAAAUAAUGAAUGACAUCUCAGGUCACUAGCAACUCCAACGUUAUUUGGGGGCCAACUGUUUUUAACUUAAACAAAGUGGAAUGCCUCUGGUAGCAUCACCUGCACUAAAUAAUUCAAUACAGCAGCAGUGCUGACUUCAAAAUAUAAAUAUCUUUCAUGUAAGAUAAAUGAUUUUUCAAAAAUAGAAAAAUAAUAUUCAUCUUUAAUACAAAGUUCAUUGACCUGAAAUGACCUUUUACCUUGAGUGAAAAGCUUCCUUUUCAUUUUAUAACCUUUGUGAUAUCCAAAAACCACCUUUGACAAGUUUAAUGUACUGCAGUGGAGUGUGUCGAGACUAUGAGCAAUAUAUACAUAUCCAAAUAGGUAGAUCUUAAAUGACCCUUGACCUUGAGCCAGUAACUUUAAAUCAUAGUAAUCUAAUUCAUGAUAGCUGUUAAUCAUUAUAUCCAUGUUUAACUUAAUACUGAUAGAUAUUUUCAAUUUUAUUGAAAACUUAAAAUCUCACCUAAUCUCUUUGUAAUUUUCUUUAUUUUGACUCAUAAUUGACCACUUACCUUCACAUGGAGGACUAAAAUUCAUUUAUCCAUUUUCUGAUACUUGAUGACCAUUAUAUGGAAGUUUUAUACAAUAUAGGGACUUGCUAAAUUAGGCCGAGUUUGAAAAAUAAAAAUCUUAGCAUUGGAUAAGUUUUGAAUAGUAAAAUCACAACAUGGUCAAAAUACAUUAACCCUAAAUGACCUUUGACCUUGAUUAUGUGACUUGAAACUCAUUCAAGAUGAUCUGUGAUACUUUAUUACCCAUUCCAUCUCUAAGUUAUGAUAAUCUUUCAAAACUUAAGCUUGUUUAAGAUUUCAAGUUGAUACCCUAACAUGGUCAAAGUUCAGCUACCCUAUCUAACCUUUGACCUUGAUCACGUAACCUGAAACACAUGCCAAGUUAUUAGAAAAAGCAUACAUGACACAAUGGCUUACAUUUCCCUUACUGAAAGGUAUGGUCAGAUCGCUUAAAUUGGAAUACUUAUUUUGGACUUUAAAAUGAGUUCUAGUCUGGAAAUAUGCAGUAAAGGACAGAAAAUACCAUGAAAAUCAUUUUCUUUCUUGAAUAAAGUUGAUUAUUUUGAUACCAAUAGAUUCCUUGACCUCAGAAAUGGUGAUUUAGGUGUCAAAAUCAGGAUUCUAUGUUACUUAGAAGCCGAUAUAUUGUCGACAACCCUGUUUUGGCGGCCAUUUUGGAAAAUCCAAAAUGGCGGCCAUAUAGGUCAUGGGUGCAAAAGGAAACAUUGUUAUUCUGAAUCCUUAUACAAUUACCUUUCCAAAAAUGUAUAGUUUUCAAUUUCUCAAAAUAUCUGACGAAAGCUCAAAUAUGAACAAAGUGAACCUGACUAAGACGAAGAGUUGGUGAAAUCAGUGAGAUUUGUAAGAGCUUACAAUAUGAUCAUAGUAGUUUAGUAAUUUCCAACCCCCUUAUAGAUUUCACAAGAGUAUUUUGGGAUUCAUCAGACAGAUGUAAACUCGCAAGGAAUUCCAGAAGACCUGUUUUACGUGUUGAAAUAAUGGAAACCAAAACGUAACGUCGUUAUUUUGGCGCUAUAAACUUUAUCUUUAUUCUAUUCCGCUUAAACAUGAGUCAAUGUCAAAGAAAACUAUAGUAGCCAUGGCAGUUAUCAUUUUCAAACAAUUCUUAUUAUUUAUUAGCAUGUGCUGAUAAAGUGAAUACCAUCUGUAGAAGUGUGUCACAUUUUCUGUUUCUGUUUUGAGGUAAAUCCCGUAGGAACUCGGCAAAGCAGCUUUCUGCCACAUCAACGCCAAGCUGGUAUAUAACCAAUUACACAUGAAAUAUUUUACGUCUAGGAUAAUUAUCAUAGAUUAUCAUAAAUAUCAUAUUAAUCAUAGUGGCUGACUGUUAUAGACGACAGAAAUUACUCUCGGGCCUUUUUUUUUUUUGGUUUGAACCUUUCGAUCAUGCUCUAACCACUAGACCACACUAGACCAAACAUUUCGAUUGUAUAUAUCAACAAGGGAUUUUAAUAAUUGGAUUAUAGUUUUUAAAAGUUUCAGAAUUAUUACUACAAGAUUCAAAGUACUUUUUGCCAUAGAUAAUUCAUAUUAGACUACACUGGUACAGUUAAAAAAAAUACACUAAACGAUUCCAUACGUAUAGACGUAACAAUAUAUUUAGAUAAUAUUUUAGAUAUAUUAUGCAGGGUCCGCUGGUAGAGCAUAUUUCCCUAAAUGAAGUGGACGUCCAUGGUAAAUAAAACGUUAUAAUUAUUACGUAAUUUCCCUAAUUGCUUCAUUCUCUAAUAACUCGCAACUUUUUUUUUUUUUGGGGGGGGGGUCCAUAAUUCAAAGUAAGAACCGGUGAAUCAGUACCAAGACUCAGCUGAUGAGGGCGACGUAAGACCUACGCGAAAAGGGGCACAGGAAAAGGUGGAGAAUGAUUAAAGACAUACUAAGUUAACGUUAUAGACAUGAAGUUUAAACAAAAAACAAAGGAAAGAUAAAAUAUGUACAUGCCUUUCUAUCAAACCCAAAACUCU